ACUAUAGUAGAUACGCACUUUCUCACAUGUGUUUCUGCACUGUGAAGAAUAAAAACUACAAAUUUAUAUGAUAUGGAAACAAAUCGACCUUUCGAAUGCCAAAUCCUUGGUUGCGAUAAAUCUUAUACUAGAAGAGGCCAUUUAAAAAGACAUAUCGAAUCUGCACAUCCAGAAACUUUGCCAGAAGGCUCUGUAAAAACGUUCAGUUGUACAUAUGAAGACUGCGAUAAAGAGUAUAAAUCACAGCAGUCGUUAAAUAAGCAUAUCUUGCGAAAUCAUUCAGAUACAAGAUAUAAAUGCGAUACCGACGGGUGUGAAGAAACUUUUAAAAAGCGUCAUCAUCUUCGCCUGCAUCGCUUAACGAAACAUUAUCUUCCCGAACACUACAGUUGUACAUAUGACGACUGCACAGAGAAAUUUUCAACAAAAAAAGCUUUUCAAAAGCAUCUUAAAAAACACGAAGGAUAUCCAUGUACUGACGAGGAGUGUGAUAUGAUAUUUGAAAAAUUUCAUCUUAUGCAAAAACACGUUGCACAAGUACAUCGAAAGCCAUCUAAAUGCAGAGAAUGUGGCAAGAUGUUCAAGUAUCGUCGUCUUAUGGUGUAUCAUUUCAAUCAUGUUCAUACUGGUUUCGUAUUCAAUUGUCCUUAUGAAGGAUGUGAAAAACAUUAUACACAAAAAAGCAACUUAAAUCAUCAUAUAAACGUCAUACAUAAAAAUGAACGAUUUGCUUGCCAUAUUGAAGGAUGCGAUCAAUCAUUUAUGUCAACAAUGGGAUUACGGAAGCAUGUAAAUAAACAUUUGAAUCCAGAUCAAGAAAAGACAUCUCGAAUACCGAAGUUAUUUGAGCAUUUCUUGACAGAAACCUAGUCGUCGGUGGCAGGACGUUGCAGAAAGACUAUGCAAAAUUAAUAUAUAAAAAUAUUUAAAUUGAAUCGAGAUCUGAUCAUCAUCUCCAAGAAUUUUCCGAUAAUAGGGAAAUUCAAAGAAUGUGUGAUGAUGAGUUGUUAACGGAAAAAACGUUUCAUUACGUUAGAAAUUUCUACGUGAUUACUUAAGUCAAAUAGGAAAAAAGUGUACAAGUACAUUUAGCAAUAUAUUAGUAUCACUUGUUUAUUCCAAACUUUACAUGAUGCAGAAUACAAGUAUUUGUUAGUAAAAUAAAGUCCUCCUGAAAAUAGCUUAAGAACUGGCAAAAGGUGGAAAGGCAUUUUGUUUACUUAUUACUAGCUUCUGAUGGCUAUAGCUUAAAUAACCUUUGACCUUACCGUCAUGAAUUAGAUUUGCCAAAAUGCAAGACGUUUCAUCAUCGUCAACAUCUUCUACGUUCAUCGCCAUAAGUGCAGUAGUCAGUGCACCUAUUGGUAUUUGAUAAGUAUUCAUAAUCCUUUGGACUCUUUUAAAUAAAGUUCUAUAGACCAUUGGUCUUAAUUUCUCUAACAGGAGAUAAACUCCACAUUGAAUAAAAAAAUGUUCGUGUUUUGACAAAGCAUUAUCUAAUUGAAGUAAAUUACCAGCUGAAACUGCCCUAGCAACAUCGUCAAAUUCGGCCAAGUUGUACUUUUUUAAAAGCCUGUGUUGAGGCAAACGACCCAACAGCAUCCUUACGGGAACUAAAUAAAUAAGUAUCUUCCUUUUGUUUUUUAUGGACGACUUUAAGCAACGCUCAAAAGCAAAAGAGAGAUUUGAGUCGGCAUUUCUCAAUUCGGAAUCAAACAUGGCUUUUCUUCCAACAAAAUAUCUGUAUGUGACUCUUUGAGCCAAAGGGAAUUGUUCUUCUUUAACGUCCCUUAAAUUUUCUAUAGCUCUAAUUAGUGGUUUGCACAGAUGCAAAGCGGAAAUAGCGAAAUAUACUUUGAAUAACUGAUUUACUAAAUAUAACAUCCCCCAUUUCUUACUCGUAGCUGGUGAAGACCUAGUAUCAGAUGUACAUACUCUAAAGCAUGCCAUUAUCGCCUCUGCCGCUCUCUCAAACGCUUUUGAAGAAUUUAUCCGUCUGGCAGCCAAUCUGGUUGCCAAACAUAACUUAUACAUAAUUGGCAAUGGCCAAUUCUCAUCAGGCAUCUCACUGAAGGCACUAACUAAGCAAUUUAAUGAAUUACAAUAGAAUUCAAGUGCUCUGUCGUUCUCGCUCUUAUCUUCAUAGCAAGCAGCUUCGACACGGAAUGCAAUAAUCUCGUCAAAAGGUGUGGGUAUUCCUCUAUUUGAACAUUCUCGAUAGGUUCUUUCGUAAACAUCUCGGACAAAAGGGACUUUUGGAACAGAGCCGAGAAGUUCAGAACAUCCUUCGCCAUUGAAUGAUGCCAAACAAGAAGACAGCUAGAAAAAAAUUAAAAUAAACUAAAGCACAUUAUAGGUCGCCAUUUAAUUAAUCGAUAGUCGUAUCUUCAAAUUAACUUUAUGAUUCUACUUAAGUAUGAAUAAAUGGCUACUUUCGCUGUUUCUAAUUAAACUUAUAUAUUAUCGCUCAUAAAAUAGGAUACUUCAUCAAAAAUAAUACUAUUUAAAAAAUGUCUUUCAAACAAAUCAAAUAUGAAAGAUUAUAGCGGUUGGCAUAGAAUCCUCAUAAUAUCAAAUUACACAAUUGUAAGACAAAAACAAACUUCAUCAAUAUAUCUCUCAAAAUCCCAGCGCGCCAUGUUACCAGUUUAUGUAGUUGGGUUCUAGUCGCGAUAGAGCAG